AUGUUCUCGCGAAAUUGUGACUCCACACGUGCCAUCAACCACGACAAGUCCUCACAGUCUCGUGCGUCAGAAGUAGUUUCUGACAAACGUGAAGGCAAACAUUUGUUGAGUCCAAUUUCUCGUGUGUAUCGUCAUGAAGAUAUCAAGAGUUGGCGCGUGUUGGCGAGCUACGACUUUCACGUCAUGAAGAUUCUCGUCGGUAAAUAA